AAUGUUAAAUUGGUGAUCUGGAACGAUUUCACCGUGACUCCAUCUGACCAGCUUAAAUACCCAUCAUUUUAUCUUUAAAUACGGGACGAUCCCGUAUUUUACGGGACGGGUGGCAACCCUGAUUGUAUGGACCUACAGAGCAGAGAUAGUCUUCUAAAAACCUUCGUUUGUGUUCUGCAGAAGAAAGAAAGUCAUACACAUCUGGGAUGGCAUCAGGAAUUUCCUGGAUACAUCAGUGUGUCUUCAGUUCUGACCUGGAAUUCCUGUAGCUGUCACUUCUUUAGGAUAUACUGUACAUUCCAGAGAGGCAGAGAAAAGUCAGGAAAACAUGCACAAGAUGUUUCAUUAGAUGCCCUUUAUAAGUGUUAAACUGUCUGGCUCUGUCUUAUUUCCCGCUAAUUUGAUUGAAGUGCUCCACUUAAGUUCUUAGACGGUGCUCCAGAUAUCACCAUGGCAACAAUUGUUAUGGAGAAGAUCGGUCGACUCUUCAUUAACCUGCAGCAGGUGAGGCGAGUUCCCCAAAUGCUCACCGACACUUUGCCUUCAAUGCCUGGCACCCUACGUGACACUGAGGUGCCCUGUUUUUUCCGUGAGCGAUACAUCCACUCUGGCUAUCGGCCACUCCACCAGAACUGGCGCUACUACUUACUGUCUCUCUUACGCCGCCACAACGAGACCAUAAAUGUUUGGACGCACCUUGUCGGGGCGUUAGUGAUGCUCAUAAGGACAGCCCAACUUACUGAGACUGUAGAUUUCAUCAGUGACCCUCAUUCCUGGGCUCUACUCAUCCUUCUCUUGUCAUCAACAGGCUACUUGACCUUCAGUGCCAUAGCCCACUUGUUGGCGUCAAAAUCUGAGCUCUGCCAUUAUUCUUUCUUCUUCCUGGAUUAUGUAGGUGUGGCGAUGUAUCAGUAUGGGAGUGCAGUGGUACACUACUACUACGCCAUUGAAGAAAGCUGGCAUGCAUGUGUCCAGGGCUGUUUCAUGCCUAUUGCUGGUCUCCUAUGUUGCCUUUCCUGCUUUGGCUGCUGUUACGGGAAGUAUCGGAAUUACAGUCUGCCUCCUUGGGUUCGUAAAGUAGGUCAAGUUUUGCCUUCAGCUCUAGCUUAUGGUUGGGACACCAGCCCUGUGUUUCAUCGUUUGGGCCUCUGGUUCCUUUCUUGGGUGAGGGGCGAUUCCAGAGACAUUCCUGCACUGACCUUUCACUUUGGCCAGGUGGCGUUCUUUCUUUCCAGUGCGUUUUUCUUCACCCAGCCUUUUCCAGAACGCUGGUUCCCUGGUCACUGUGACUUCCUGGGUCAGGGUCAUCAAGUAUUCCAUGUGCUGCUGGUUUUGUGUACACUGUGCCAGAUCCAUGCUUCAUAUUUAGACUACCUGAACCGACGACACCUCUACGUUCAUCUGCAUUCUGGUGGCGAGGCAUUGUUCUUUGUUGUUCUGUAUAUUUUAACAGUGGUCACAUGUGCUCUAAUAGCCUUAUAUAUGCUUGGGAAAGUAAAAAGAUUGCUCGGCUGCCGGGAAAAAAUGAAGUAAAAAGUAGGAGGGUGUUUCUUCAACUUGGAACUUUCAUGUCCCAGGGGUUAAUUUUUAUUAAAACAAACAGAUUUCAAUUUUUUCUUUUAGUUAUAUUGUAAGGUCUCAUUCAAACUGAAUUAGAAACUUUUUUACUAUGCCUUCAACAUUUAUUUUUGGUACUUUUCAAAUGCCUUUUAUGUAGGCCUAUAGUUUUGACUGUUUUAGCCUUGACCCAGACUUUCAAUGAUCCUGUUUACAUGAAUAGCAAUACGCUGAUUACUCCCAAAAAUCAGCAAAAAUCCGACAAACUGUGAAGAGGCAUGUGCACAACAUGUGCGCACAUUGGAUAAGCCGGUAAGCAUGCUGGUAAAGGUGUUUACAUGCAAUGCGGAUUGGUAUAAUGGGCAAUAAUCUGCCUGUCUCGAUCGGUUUAUUCUAAUGCUGUUUAUUGCAUUUACAUAACCACAUGUUGUCAGCUUAUUGAGCUUAAUCAGUGUCACUGAAGGGCGUGCUUGAUGUGAAAAAUGAGACAAGUGAUGAUCGAAGUAAAAAAAAUACAAUAAUUUUGUGCAAAUAGCAUCUACCAAAAAAAUAAAAAAUAAAUUUGAAUGUGGAAAAAUGUUUUAACGAGACUUUACUUUCUAGAAAUCCAAAGGAAAAGUGCCUUAAGUUGAAGAAACACCCAAGAAUAUUUUGACAGAUGCUUGAAGCAACAGUUAACACUAAAAUCGCAACUCUCAAAUAGUUUUUGGGGGAACUAUUCCUUUUAGUGUUAAAUGGUAAAUUCACCCCAAAAUUAACAUUUUGUCAUCAUUUACUCUUCAUCAUGUCGUUUCAAACUUGUAUGAUUUUUUUUUCUUUCAUGGAAGACAAUAGGACAUUUUAUAAAGAAUGUUGAUGCUGUGCUUUACCACACAAUGAAAGUGUCUGUUAGUGCGUUUCUUUCCGCUAUACAUUUCCUUUUAUGUUUGGAAGAAAGUAAAAUAAUUUUGCAAGGAAGAAAAACAGUCAUAUGCUUUUGCAACGAUGUGAGAGUGAGAAAAAUAAUGACAGCAUUUUCAUUUUUGGGUGAACUAUCCCUUUAAGAAUGUAUAUUUUAACAGUGGGCCAAGCCUCACGUAUUUAAGUAUGAGAAAAUUCUCAGUGCUUAAACUUAUUGUGUUAGUACUCUUGAAUGUAUUCAUGAAUUUAUUAAGUGCCUUUCUGAGAGUCUAGUAAUUAUCACACACCAGCCAGAAAGUUGACCUCUUAUGAAGCCAGCAUACAAAAUUAGUACAGUACUUUAUAUUGAAAAUUUCAAUUUUAAUUUUAUGGCACAAAUAAGACCUUAUGUACUUAUCAUGGACAAAUGAGAAUAGGACAUUAAUCUUUAAUCUAUUUAAUGUAUCACUUGUACUCAAAAGAUACUGUAUUCUCAGUGCAAGAACACCCUCUGUUGUACUUUUGGAAUAAUUUGCACCUUAGUUUGCUUUAGAAUGAAAGCAACAUAAAUGACUUUUUAACUGCACAUGUUUCUGUAGAGGAUAACAAACAUUUGCGCUUAUUGAGCUUUAUUGGUAGUUUGCAUUUAAUAGCCAUAGUCUGAUUUUCACUGCACUUACUGGUCUCUUAUUUUAUUGCACUGUAUUGUAUUCAAGUACUAUGUAUGCCAAUUAAAAGGGAUAUUAAAUGCACUGAUUGGAUAUCUUGUGAUUAAGGCAAGACCUAAUUUGAGAGUGCACCUUCUCUGUAUUACUCAAUUGUGUUUGGAAUGUAAUACUAACUUACUGAAUGCUGUGCAGUAUGUGCUGUAUACUGCAUACUAUUGUUUUUUUAAAAACAGUAAGCAGUAUGCAAUGAUAAAUGUAUCAAUAGCAGUAUGCUACAUUAUUGUCACUUGGCCUAAUCAUGUUGCAUGUUCAAUUCACUCACUUUAGUAAGCGGCAUCUGUUAUAUGAUUGUUUUGCAUGUUGCAUGUAAUCCAAUUUUGUGUAAAGUUCUCUUAACUCUUGUCAGUCGGAUCAAAUAAUGAGUCAAGAAUGAGAUGGGUUUGUUUGUAAGGAAUACUAGCGUACUACUUACUGAAUACAGCACAGUUUAUACUGUAAAUUAACCCCUUAAACUCUAUGGAUUCCAAAGGGAUGCGCUAUAUCACGAAAAAAGUUUGCGCUUAAAACGUUAAAGUCCCCUUAUACAAAAUUCAGGCAUAUGAGGUAUCAUUUGAAAGCUUAGAAUCUAUUUCAGAGAAUACCAUCACUUCUGCAUUAUGUUACAUAAAAUAACAAAAUAAGGCCACAAAACAUUUGCGUCGAAAAUUAGUGCCCCCUAGAGGUAAUGGAGUAGAAAUAUUUACAUGAAAAUAAAAGUCCUUCAGAUAGCACCUAAAUGAACAAGUCAUACAUCAAAUGAAAGCUCUCAUUCUCAGGAAUGUGACUGUGCAAUUUAUUUUGUUGCCCUUAUACCACCAUUUAAAAUAUCUUAAAAAGAAUCAAAAAGUGAAAUAUGAUUUCUGUAAGUUAUCAAAUACAAACGUCUCUUUUAUGUGCUGAAAAUUGCUGAAGUAAGCCCCAAGUAGCCAAAAACCUUAUAUCUACUCUUACCUUUUUCUAAAAAAUUUGCCAUUUUUUACUUUUCUGUGAGCUUGCUUGGCUAAAUAAUCCAAUGUUAUAUCUUAAAUGUCCAGAACAAAAUAUGUGGUCCAGCAGGAAUGCAUGCUAAACAAAUCAUCAGAAAAAUAUGUUUUUGACUAUUGAUAGAAUGUUAUUGUAACAGGUAAAAGAUGGGCAAGGAGGAGGUGGGACCCGGCAGAACAGUCAACAUAACUUUAAUGACAGACCUGAAUUUAAACAAACAUAAACACACACACACAGCGUGUGUCUCUCUCUCCCGAAGUGGUAUCUCCAGCUCCCCUUUAUCUCUCUCUCCCGCUGAUUAGUUGACUCAGUGCCGGUCGCGCACCCUCCUCCCCCGCCCGAUUCAGGCCGGCUUGCCAUCCAGGCUGGCCUACACCCCCCAUCUCUGGAGGAGAGACGCUGCCCUUCCAGCCGUUCCGCCAGCUGAUGGUCCACCCCGCCUCCUGGGAACCUGGGGAAAGACGAGGGGAAGGAGAGGGGAGAGGGAAAGGGCGAGCAGGAGAGACACAGAGGGGAGAGGGAGAGAAAAACUUGCUCGCCGGUCCCCGGACAAGCCAUCGCCUGGUCCUCAGCUGCUCCUCCGCCCUCUGGCGGAUGACAGCCGCUCCUUCCCGGAUGGACGGCAGCGAAUCCUCCAACCCCUGGUGGACGGAACAGCUCCUCCCCUUCCUGGCAGAGGGCAGCGGUUCCUCUGACUCCCGGUGGCUGGCAGCGACUCCUCCAACCCCCAGCAGACGGCCGCGGCUCCUCCCCUGGUGGACGGCAGCGGCGAGGACUCCACGGCAGUGCAUCCCUCCUCCUUCCCGGGUUUCGGUACCAAUUUAAUGGGUUCAGGAUGGGCAAGGAGGAUGCGAGAACUGGCAAAACAGUCAACAUAAAUUUAAUGACAGAAUUGAAUUUAAACAAACAAACACACACACAGCGUCCAUGUGUGUCUCUCCCAAACUAGCAUCUCCGGCUCCCCUUUAUCUCUGUCUCCCGCUGAUUAGUUGACUCAGUGCUGGCCGUGCACCCUCAUGGCCCGGCCACGCCCUCCUCCUCGUCACAGUUAUAUAUCAUCACAAAGGGGAGGAUCUCAGCUUCUAGUCCACUCAGAGGCAGAGAUAUUCAAUGAAACAAUGAGGGUAGUGCAUGAACUGAAAAUUAGACUGAAUGUCUAUGGAUGAGCACAUCUGUGAGGGCAUAAAAUUUGUUAGAGCGCCACCUACAUUUCAGAUCUUCAGAUUUUUUUAAACGUUAUGAUUAUAGAUUAUAAACAUAUACAAUAUUAUUUAUGAAUAAUUGUAGUUUUUUUUUUUAUUUGAGUUUCUUUCUGAAAAAUAAGACAGAUUCUUUUUUUGCAAUUAGUCCACAGUAUGUGUGAAUGGUGAGCUUUUAAAUUGGAGUGUGAAAAAUUGUUGGUGGCAGCACAAAAAUGUUCAAGAGUUAGCAUUAUGCAACAAUAAACAUGUCACAAGAUUUCAGUUGCAUGUAAGUGGCGUCUGGGAAUCAUCUUGCAAAUAAAAAAUGUAAUUUUGCAUUUUAAAUCAAGUUUUGUGUAAAAAAUGUUCAUGAGAGUUUAGUGAAAUAAUAAUGCUGAUUUUACUUCCGUUUCAUUCAUCACAAAAGAUCAAGUCGAGUUAAUUGCAUUGUGUUAACGGCACAUUUUGGCAAAUGUAGGCCAUUCGGAUAUUCUGUGGGUACAGAAAAUGUGCAUACUGUGCACAGUACAUACUGUAGAAAUAGUAUGAAUAGUCUUGUAGUAUGCUAUUCCGAACCAGUCUGCACACAUUUCUAUUACAAAUUCUGUAAGUGAUAUCUUCACAACCUGUUUGUUGUGCAAAACUGUGCUAUGGGAACUGCCUGACUAAUACAUUCUAUUAAAGAAACACUGACUUGUUUUUAGAUGGGCCUGUGGUUUGAUUAAACUCAAAGUGAUGCUGAACUGCCCUCUUGUGUUGUGUUUGGAAGGUUCAGCCUAUGCAAAUAAGAAUUGUUUUAUUAUGUUGGGGCUUAUGGCAAGAUCAUAUAAUGACAAUUGUGUAAUACACAAAUGUGAAGUGUUGUAAUUAUGUUUGGGAAAAAGGCAUAUCUAAGUAAAAUUUGAACAUCCCAUGUGACAGGUUUAAUAGGAAACACACCAUUGGCAGUGCAGAGUUGUGCUUGGAUUGGACCACAUUCUCCACUGCCAAAACAAUGAUAAAGCUUAUGUGAAUGAACGUCCCUUUUUAUAACUGGGUCAUUAUACAAUUGCGAUGGUAUUACCAUCUGAAUUUUUUAACUGUAUUCAUUUAUCUUUCAUCAUAUAAACAGUCAUUAUUUAGUGUUUUAAUCUACUAAAUGAGAUAAAAGAUGAAUUCAUUCGAAAAAAUUUUACAUUUAUUUUAAAACAUUGUUUUUUUUAUCUUAUACUCACUCUGUCUUUAUUGUCAUGAGGUGUCAAACCACUGACGAAUUUCAUGAAAGCAUUACAAAAACAUAAAAGCCACUGAU